CAUGUGCAUGGUUCAGGUCGGUUGGUAAUAUUUGCAAAAAAAGAGGCUGAUAAUAGACCCACAUUGGAGGUGGUGUUUGAUCCACUGGAGGAGGUCAAGAAAGAGCUCCUUCUAGUCCCCACUAUCCCUCAUGCUUCUCUUGCUCGCCAAAAAUAUUCUGACAAAUCAGAAGCUGCCAUCAAUGAACAGAUCAAUGUGGAAUACAAUGUCUCCUAUGUGUACCACUCCAUGUAUGCCUACUUUGACAGAGACAAUGUUGCUCUCAAGGGACUUGCCAAAUUUUUCAAAGAAUCAAGUGAAGUAGAAAGGCAGCAUGCUGAAAAACUUAUGGAAUACCAGAACAAACGCGGAGGGAAAGUUAAGCUACAGUCCAUGCGAAUGCCCGUCUCCGAGUUUGGUCAUGUCAAAAAGGGUGAUGCAUUGUGUGCAAUAGAGCUUGCACUGGCCUUGGAAAAGCUGAACAAUGAGAAGCUUCUAAAUUUACACAGUAUAGCAAACGAAAACAAUGAUGUGCAACUGGUGGAUUUUGUGGAGAGUAACUAUUUGACUGAGCAGGUGGAAGCCAUAUAUAAAAUGUCCAAGUAUGUAGCUCAAUUGAGAAGGAUCGUCACUGGACAUGGUGUUCGGCACUUUGAUCAGAUGCUCCUCAAUGGCAAUGCUGCAUGA